UCUUUUGGGAUGCCAUUAAACUUUCUUACAUGCAAAAAGUGACCAUUGAUUGCGCUCUUAUUUCUUAAUGUUUCUUUUUAUCUCAACCCCAAAAUGUACUCUUCUUUUUCAUUUUCUGGGUAUCUUUGUGUUUGUGUCAUCAUUAUAUUCCUUGACCCGCUCUCUCUUUCAGAGAGAUGGAAUGAUGAGAAGGGUUGAAAGGGAUGGAGGCGCAUGAGUUUACUGCAAUCAUUUGUUACCCAUUUUCCCAAUCCUUUUUGGAUUUUUUCCCCAUUUGCGUUAGGUUAAAAGGAAUGUAAGGAUCUAAUAUUUUAUUUUUGGUUCUCUCAUGAGAUUAAGGAAGCGUCGACAAUGCUUUCCUUCUUGCUCUUCUCUUCACAGAGUUGAUGAGGAUGAAGUUUACUGGAGACGAAAGAAGGGCGGUGAAGAGUUGGAAUGGCCACACAAUUCCACUCACCUACUAUCACAGUUAGCUCAAUGUUUUACUAAUGCUAUGGUUGGACCUAAAUCAUGGCUAGGAGGGCUGUUCAAUCGCUUUGGAAACAGGCGCAAUGAGAAGUUUCUUGGCUACACUUUGACUCCUAUUCAGGAACAAAGACUUCACAGGCUUCAAGAACGACUACAUAUACCUUUUGAUGAGACUCGUCCUGACCAUCAGAAAGCUCUCAUAAAAUUAUGGCACAUUGCCUUUCCGAAUGUUGUUCUAACAGGCUUGAUCUCUGAACAAUGGAAAGAUAUGGGGUGGCAAGGUCCUAAUCCAUCAACUGACUUUCGGGGUUGUGGUUUUAUCUCACUUGAAAAUUUGUUGUUUUUUGGCCAAAAUUUUCCGGCAUCUUUUCAUAGGUUAUUAUUGAAGGAAGAUGGAGACAGAGCAACUUGGGAAUACCCAUUCGCCGUUGCUGGCAUCAAUGUAUCUUUUAUGUUGAUUCAGAUGUUGGAUUUAUAUUCAGAAAAACCAAAAAAUCUACCAGGAUUAAAUUUCCUGAAACUAUUAGGAGAAGAUGAAGAAGCCUUCGAUGUACUAUAUUGUGUAGCUUUUGAAUUGAUGGAUGCUCAGUGGCUUGCUAUGCAUGCUUCCUACAUGGAGUUCAACGAGGUUUUACAAGUAACACGCACACAACUGCAGAGAGAACUGUCUUUGGACGAUGUACAUAGAAUACAGGAUUUACCAGCUUACAAUCUGUUAUACAAGUAGCUCUGCUAUCAACAGUUCUUUGAAGCCACCAAAAAAGAUGGUCAUUAUUGGACAAUUUUGCCAAAUGGGGGGAAUUUUCCUAAUUUAAUGGCUAAUGUAAUCUACGGAGGGUUUUAGUCAUUUUAGCCGAGGUUUGUGAGCUAAAAUAGACAGAACUGAAGCUUAAACCGUUGAGGAUAUGAAGGCAGGUGAUCAAGUCUAGGUAUAUUAUCAGACAGGGAUAGAUGGAAGUGGUAGUACUCUAAGCAAUAGCGAAUACAUUAUAGGUUUCACAGGUUUCUAUACUUUCAAGCCACCCGCAUGCAUGAGAAUACUAACAAUCUCAAGUUAUGGAAAUAGUUUACCAUACUGUUGCCUUUGCUGUUGGUUCUUUUCAUGCAUAUGCAAAAAGCUUCAAGAAUUUCGAUUCCUUAGCUGUCUCAGGUUUCCUAUUGGAAUCACAGUAAUUCUUUCUGUUUCCAAGUUCCUGCUCCAGUUGGUGGCUUUGUAAUUUUCAGAUUGCUCGUCUUAAUCUGAUCAUUCUGAAACCUCUGAAUCAUCUGAUCUGUCUGUCCAAAAUAUUGAACAGUGGGAUUUGUUGAAAGCAUAGAUUAUAAUUCCGUCUCUUUAGUAUGCA